AUGGCAAGCUUACGAUGCCAACUGGUUCUAUUACUAAUCAUCGUCUGUCUCACCACUUAUGAGCUUCACGUUCAUGCUACUGAUGGCGCAAAGGUUGGUGAAGGCGUUGUAAAAAUCGAUUGUGAUGGGAGAUGUAAAGGUAGAUGCAGCAAAUCGUCAAGAACGAAACUGUGCUUGAGAGCAUGCAACAGCUGUUGUUCUCGCUGCAACUGUGUGCCACCUGGUACUGCCGGAAACCACCACCUUUGUCCUUGCUAUGCUUCCAUUACCACUAGCCGUGGCCGACUCAAGUGCCCUUAAAUGUCUAUCUUUAUCCUUAUAUAUAAGUAGCAUGUGUGUAUUUCGAACGAGCAAGUAUAUUUUGUUAUGUUUUGGAUGAUGAGAGUAUCAUGUAUGAGAAGCUAUAAACUAAUUAAUUAGAAGUUAA